UCGGUCAUGCACAACAGCCCAUUCAUGACUGUGAACAUAUCCUGCACUGUUUUGUCCAGGUGUGUAGCUAUUAAAACGUCAGUAUGAGUCUCGAGGCCUGGUACAUGGACAGUUCUGAUGAAGACCAGAGGAAACCGCACAAACUGAACCCGAACCAGCCGGUGACUUUAGACGAACUGAAAACGCUUGGUGUUUAUUACUGGAAGUUGAAUGCUGACAUAUAUGAAACAGACCCAGAUCUGGAGCAGAUCCGCAAAGAACAAGGCUACUCUUACAUGGACAUCAUCACUAUUCACAAGGACAAACUUCCUAACUAUGAGGAGAAGCUGAAGAUGUUCUUCGAGGAACACCUGCACCUGGACGACGAGAUCCGUUACAUCCUGGACGGCCGGGCCUACUUUGAUGUCAGGGACAAGGAGGACCGAUGGAUCAGGAUCUCCAUGAGCAAAGGAGACCUGAUCACUCUGCCGGCUGGUAUCUACCACCGCUUCACUCUGGAUGAAACGAACUACACCAAAGCCAUGAGGCUGUUUGUUGGGGAGCCCGUGUGGAAAGCUUAUAACCGGCCCGCUGAUGACUUCGACAUCCGUCAGAAAUACCUGGUGUCUCUGCAGGGAUCAUGAGAGCGCCAUCGAAACGCUGGUCAUUAAGAGAAUACUGAUAACUCUACAACAUUAUUUUGUUAAUCUGUAGGUUUACUCACUUAUGAUUGUAAAUACAGGACUUCAGUCUGUAGAGCUGUGACCACUGUACAAUCAAUAGUGCCUUUUCUCCAAAUCAAGUAGGAAAAAUGAAAUAUGCAAACAUGUUUCUAUCUUCACAUAGAAAAUCACGAGGUGUGAUGCUCCUAGAACAUGUACAGUAGUGUCUUCUGGAAAGAGUUCUUUUUUUGUUUUUUUUAGAUUUGUGAAUUACAAAAUAAACUUGCUGCUAUUUCCAGUCUGUUUUACUUUAUAUUAUAUAAUUGCUCUCUUGUUCAGACCAAGAUGUUUAUUUAAAAGAGCAGUUUUAUUCUGGAUAAAACAAAAUUAAUUUCUCUUACAUACAUAAAUAUGAUUAACAGAAUAUGUAAACACUGAUUAUUAAAGAUCCAUCAGAACAAAUCAAUAAAAAGAUUUAACAA